AUGGCUGCACGCCUUCUUAGCUUCUCAAAACCAAGCGCUGAAGAAGAUGUUUUUCUUUGGGGACGAGCAGAAAGAUACGAACGUCUUCGUCUGCAGCAGGUUCAGCAAAUGCAUCACACGCCAGGCAUUCACUUCGAUAAGCAUUCACUGAGGUGGAAGGCAACCUGGUACGACAUCUCAGGGCACCGAAAAGCCAAGUAUUUCCCCAUCGCGAGAUACGGUUUCGACCGGGCCCGAUUGCUUGCAAUACAUACUCGUCUGACGAACCACAUUCCAAGAGGCUCUAGGUGCAAAGAAAGUGCCGCCUCUGAAGAUAAUGCAUUUCAAGUGUUGCCCCAGCCAGUUCCAGUUCCCCAAUCGGAGUUGAAAUCACCAAGAAGUACUGCUGCGUCCUUACCAGCACAGGACCCCAACGCUCCUGGGGCUUUGCAGCUCGAGAAAGCAGACCAAAAUAAAAGCAAUCCUUCAUGUUUCCCGGAACAGUGCGACUACAGAAGUAAACCCACCUCUGCCGUUGGUGCUUCGGAGAUUUCUAUUGAGAGUGAUCAACCUAAUACGCUCAGCGCAAUCACGGACGGUGGAUAUGACGAGGAAAGAGAUCGACGACUUUCAAAGGCACCUUCACGAGUGCUUAUACGGCACGCAUCUAGACUGACAAGAGUACCAGGCAUCUGGUUCGACAAAAAGCAGCUCCGAUGGGCGUGCACGUUUACUGAUGUCCAGUCUGGAAAGCGGCGAGCUGAAUACUUUCCAAUCCGGCACUUUGGAUUCCUCGGUGCUCGGCUGUUGGCUGUGAAUGCACGCAAAAGGAUGGAAAGAGCUCGCUCACAAGCUUGUGGCAGCGCAUUUGCCACUGAUAAACUGAGAAAGGAAAACAUCGAGGCGCGUGAACCAGCGCAUGAUACGAGUGACGCUAUAAGGGAGGCGGGCAGCCUUAACCAUCGCCUGACGCGAGAUUCAGACACACCAGACCUCUGGAAUAGUUACGUACUUGAGACACUUCAGCAGAGAGGCUAUGCAAAGGAAUUUUCAUCGAGCUCAGGAGUUGAAGCAUUGCCAGUACUACUGCCAGGAUGCGUUGAUGUGGGCAACCAUGCUUCAAAUGGCACUCCUCUCGAGGAGGACUCGAAGUGCACAUCUAUUACAGCACAACGAGAAGAUGAAAAGAUAGUCGUCGCUCGAGCAAAUUCAGAGAGCAUUCUUUCCAUGGGGCGAGCAGCCAUUCGCUUUCUUCUCUGCGACUUGCGAACUCAUUGCCUGAAUGCGCUUGGACCUGAAUUUUCCGCAGAAGACUCCACCCUUCACAUGACAAUGCUGCAGAGGCAUGCACUGUGGAUUGAAAAAGCCCAACACUGCCAAAGUCUAGAAAAAUAUUUGAUCAUCUUUGCUGGCUGCAUCAAGCGGAUGAAAUUACCAAGUCACCUUUGUGAGGGAGAACAAAGAAGGCUACUUAAGAGUAUUGCUGCUCUAAGAAACGCCACCCGUCCAUUAUCCGAAAUGCUUUGCAACGAAGCAUUGGCGGACCGUCUCACUGCAAUUUGA